AUGUGGCAAUUCAUGGAACCUGAUGCUCUCCCUGAUGGCUACACCUGUGGGAAAUGCAGCCAACUCCAGCUCCAGAAAGACUGCUUUAGGGAGCUGGGGCAGAAGUUGGUUGAACUAAGGAUCAUCUGGAAGGCAGAGCAAUUGAUAGGUCUGAAAUGCUAUUGCACCAGCUGUGUGAGUGAAAAUCACACUUGUGAAACAGAUGGAGUUUGUUUAGCAUCAAUCACAUUUUCACAUGGAAAAGUGGAAGAGUGGAAGACCUGUGCACAUCAACAAGAAUUGAUUCCAGCAGACAGACCUUUUCUUUGUGCCAGUGUAAAAAACGUCUCCAAAACUGUCUGCUGUGACACCAAUUAUUGCAAUGAUCUAAGUCCACAGCUGCCAUUGCUCAAAGGUUGUCCACUACUUUUUCAAAGGACAAUAUCUAGGGCAAUAAUCCUUCGUGAAAUUGUUGGAAAAGGACGAUUUGGUGAGGUUUGGCACGGCAAAUGGAACGAGGAAGAUGUAGCAGUUAAAAUUUUCUUCACGAGUGAUGAAAAGUCAUGGUUCAGAGAGAUUGAAAUCUACCAAACCACCUUGCUCCGACAUGAAAAUAUUCUUGGUUUCAUUGCUGCUGACAAUAAAGAUACUGGCCUAUGUACUGAACUUUGGAUUGUGUUAGACUACCAUGAGCACGGUUCUCUGUUUGAUUACUUAAACAAGUUCACCAUGGCUGCAGACAGUGUGAUGAAACUAGCCCUCUCUAUAGCAAGUGGACUAGCACAUCUUCAUAUGGAAAUAACUGGUACACAUGGUAAACCUGCCAUAGCACAUCGUGACCUCAAGUCAAAAAAUAUUCUUGUGAAAAGGAAUGGAACAUGUGUCAUUUCUGAUUUGGGUUUGGCUGUACGGAGCAAUUCACCGAAAGAUAUCAAUUAUAAUGCUCAUAAUCUCAGAAUUGGAACAAAGAGGUACAUGGCUCCAGAAGUUCUUGACGACAGUAUCAAUGCCAGCCAUUUUGAUUCAUUCAAACAUCUCGAUGUAUAUGCCUUGGGUCUAAUAUUGUGGGAGAUUGCAAACAGAUGUUCUGCGGGAGGUGCCUGCAAUGAAUAUCAGAUGCCUUAUUAUGACCUUGUUCCUUUGGACCCUUCUAUAGAAGAUAUGAGAAAGGUUGUCUGUGAACAAAGUCAAAGGCCAAGGGUUCUAGCUCAGUGGCAUUGUUCUGAGGUGCUGCAGGUGGUUGCCAAAAUCAUGCGGGAAUGUUGGUUUGCUAAUGGAGCGGCACGAUUGACAGCACUUCGCAUCAAGAAAACCCUCACAAAUCUUAGUGUGCUGCAAGGGGUGAGCAUCAACUGA